CCACCAUGUCUACUGCCGAGCUCGCUUGCUCCUACGCGGCCCUCAUCCUCGCCGAUGACGGUGUCGAGGUUACCGCCGACAAGCUCCAGACCCUCCUCGGUGCCGCUAAGGUCCAGGAAGUCGAGCCCAUCUGGACUUCCAUCUUCGCUAAGGCUCUCGAGGGCAAGGAUAUCAAGGAGCUCCUGACCAACGUUGGCUCUGGUGGCCCCGCCGCUCCCGCCGGCGCUGGUGGUGCCGCCGAGGCCCCCGCCGAGGCUGCUGCUGAGGAGAAGAAGGAGGAGGAGAAGGAGGAGUCCGACGAGGACAUGGGCUUCGGUCUUUUCGACUAAGCGUCUCGUUUGCUCUCUUCCGUGUUUCUCGUUUUUUUCUGUCUCCUUUUAACGUCAACCCCCUCGUAUCCGAUAUUACGCCCUGCACGAAGACCGAAAUGGGAAAAGAAAAAAGAAGAUUAUACGGACAAGGAC